AUGUUAGAUUUUGUGACGGUUUUCAAUCCUAGCUUCAGCACUAACGAACGAGAUGCCGAAAAGCAGCUCUUGUUAUUUCACUCAUUCCAAAAGGGGCAUAGCCUAUCACUGAAUGAUAAACUUGCUGAAUUGGGAAUAAUCCAGGCCACAUGGCGUUUUUCAGAGAGCUUUGUCGAUUCGAAAGGUGUAGGUGAAAGUGUUUUGGAGCUUGGGGAUAAGCUUUUGUGCACUAUUUUGGUGGAGGAGGACUUCUUCGUAACUUUGGCAAUCGAGCUUGCAGAGUGUGAGGUUCCCGCAACAUACUUUCUGGCUCAUCUUCGGCAUUGUUAUGAUUUCUUUGUGCUGCAAUUCGGAUCCUGGUGUAACUUCGAGAAUCCUAACAAACUGACGGACUGCUUGAAUGAAGUACUGGUACCAUUUUGGUCAGAGAUGAAUUUGAUGCCUAAUCAUAUUUGGUACACGGGCUUUUUGAGCUACUGGCCUCAGUGUUACAAAGCGGCAGACCUCGACAACGAGAAAGACCUCAAUCCAGAGGCCUUACCUUGGGAUACUAGAUUGAAGCAGCAGGUUCUGCUUGACGACGCAAGCUUUUUAGGCCUUCAGGACAUUUUGGUUUACCAUUUGCCUAAGCCUGCCACUCACAAAGGCUACAAGAGCUAUGGGCUCGUACGAAACUUUACUCCCAACUUCGACUCCUUGCCUAAGAUCUCAAAUUGGAUCGAGUACCUAGAUACUAUUUACACACGGCUCUCCAGUCAUGUUAUUGCAGGCAAUGUACAGUAUAAAGAGAUUUUGGAAGAGGACGCCGCAGAAACCUCUAACGAGAACGAAGAACAGCCCGUCAGUAAUUCACUCAUGAAUCAAAGUAAGAAGAUCUAUCACAACUUCACACUUCCUAUAACGUUUGCUUACGAUGCUGUGCAGGAAGUCAGUAACAUGACUGGAGUCUCUAGUAGCAUGUCACUACUUACAGACUUUAUGCCAAAAAUACCCAGCUGGAAUCCAUGGGCCAGUUCUAAUGACAACAAACCCAAAGUUGCUAGAAGUGAAUUUUUGAUAUCCCCGUUAUCCGCGUCGUUUCUCCCGGAAAGCUACAAGGUCAAGGUUCUAGAAUUAUCUUACAAUGGUGUUGUGCAGAGCUACAAUUGCUUGUUUUGGUUCUACAACGAAAUUCUCGUCGUAUUGGUUUUUAAGAAAGAUUUUGCGAAGAUAUGGGAUCACGAAUAUUUGCAUGAUAUCCACUUCAAGUUAACAAACUGCAUCAGCGAGCUUUAUUCAUCGCACUUGACUUCUAAGCCCGACAAGCCGCCUGACAGCUUCUGUUAUGCGACAAUUUCGAAGGAAACACAUCAGAUUCGGUCAUCUUUUCCAUUGUACAAAAUACAAAAAAUACUAGCAUCUGCAUCGCCUUUGGAAUUAGUGGUCAAUGGACUGGACGAGUUUUUAACCUCUGGCGCCAAUAGAAAAACAUCUGUCGCCACCCUCAAUCCCACCCCGGGGCCGAUCCAGGAUGAUGAUAUCGUCAGUAAGCCAUCUUGGGGACUAAGUCUCAUGGGCGGGAUAUUCAGGAAAGAGCAACUUGAAGAUAAGGCAGUAGUACAAUUCGAUACAUUUCUUGACAACAUUUCUGACGAAAAGCUGCGCUGUUUGCAUUUGGAUAUCAGCAAGUUUGUUAAUACCUUGAGUACUUCAAGACGAGCUGAAGAUUUGAAAGAGGAGAAGUUGAUCAAGUUAAACAACGGUGUCGUGUGCUUCAUACGUGAGGAUUCUGAUAAAAUUGUAAUUUUAGUGGAGAAUUGGUUCGACAAGAGAGGCUCCAAAUCGAAGAGAGUACCUAGCGAAAAGAAAAGUUUGGUUCAGUAUAUGAGAACCGAUGUGACUGAUUGGUGGAACAGAGUUAUACGAAACUAA